AGAAGCUUCCCUGUCUUCCUGAGGUAAUGCGUCGCUAUGCUAAUUUUGUUCUCUUGUGAGCAACUCGCUUGCACGUUGCAUAAUUGCGACCUCGUCUUGCUUGACUGGGCCAAAGCGCUUAGGUGUUGUGCUGAAUUUUCUUACACGUUCUCCGAUCUGAUGGCCACUGGUUGAUGCGCUUGUGACGUGCUCCUACCAUGUUUGACUCACAUGCCGAACAUGGCCGUCGUGGGCAAAUGGAUCGUUGUGUGUGGCCACCUUAUAUGAGAGCUUAGCUGAUUGGGCACAUAGAUAGGUGGUUGUUGCAUACUGGUCUUCGUUCCUCCUCUGCCACCUUAGGCCCUGACCCUCGGCUUUGUUUAAAAGGAUACAUGCUUCGUUGCUAGAGCGCUUGCUGUUGUUGGAUUUGGGCUCGCGACCAUGGCUCCUGCUCGGGUUGGCCGGUUCCAGAUGUCUAAUCUCUCAGAGCCCUCAAAAGAAGACGGUUCAGUCGAGAAAACUGGAGCUUGGAAUAACACAUGGAACACUCUUAUGCGCCAUGCUUCGGUCUAUGGUGUGGCUGCUGGUUAUUGCCUGUCAGCAUCUCUGCUCUCGAUUAUCAACAAAUGGGCAAUCAUGAAGUUUCCCUACCCUGGAGCACUGACAGCUUUACAGUACCUCACUAGUGUUGCUGGAGUUCUCCUUUGUGGACAGCUAAAGCUUAUUGAGCCUGAUAGACUGAAUUUGAGAACCAUGUGGAAGUUCUUGCCUGCUGCUGUUAUGUUCUACAUCUCAAUCUUCACAAACAGCGAGCUCCUGAUGCAUGCCAAUGUGGACACUUUCAUCGUGUUUCGGUCUGCUGUGCCGAUAUUUGUGGCCAUUGGGGAGACACUUUACCUUCACCAACCAUGCCCAUCUUUCAAGACAUGGCUCUCACUUUCCACUAUACUUGGUGGAAGUGUGAUAUAUGUUUUCACGGAUAACCAGUUCACCCUGACUGCUUACAGCUGGGCGAUAGCCUAUCUGGCGAGCAUGUCUAUUGAUUUCGUGUACAUCAAACAUGUCGUCAUGACCAUCGGGUUGAACACAUGGGGCCUUGUGCUCUACAACAACCUUGAGGCUCUGCUGCUGUUCCCACUUGAGCUCCUUAUAAUGGGAGAGUUCAAUCAGAUGAAGGUCGACAGCUCCAAGAUGACAACAAACUGGCUAUCUUAUGACGUGGUCCUUCCUGUUGCUCUGUCAUGCCUGUUCGGGUUAUCUAUAUCCUUCUUCGGAUUCUCCUGCAGACGGGCCAUCUCUGCCACUGGAUUUACGGUGCUCGGUAUAGUGAACAAGCUCCUGACCGUCGUGAUCAAUCUGCUUAUCUGGGACAAGCAUGCAUCCCUGGUGGGGACAAUUGGGCUCUUGAUAUGCAUGUCUGGUGGCGUUCUCUACCAGCAAUCGACCACAAAGCCCAAGGUACCCAAGAUUGAGCCAAAGGAAGAGGACGAUGAAGAGGGGCAGAAUUUGCUGCAGAUUCAGCCCGGGCAUGAGAGCAAUUCAAGUCAAAAGCAUUCCUCCUCAUAAGCUUUUCUUUACCUUCCCUCGACAACCCAUUCGUGAUAUAUCUCAGAUGAGAAAUCCUGAACAUGCUGUAGGACAUUGAUAUUUCAAGAGGAACUAAAUUUCAUUCUACAAUAUCUUUGUUACUGUAUACUGCUUUUCAUUGGUUAGGCAGGAUUGUGGUGGUGGUGUAGGGUACCAGACAACUCAACAUACUAGAGUCAAAUCCUCUGUAUACUGAACCAUGUAUGCUAGUAUUUACCAAAUUCCAGAAAUACAAUGGAUGUACUUAUUCGCUU